AUUUUUGUUAAAGGAUCUAUCCUCUUUCUGUUUUCGUUCAUCUUUGCUCAACUGGAUAAACCCCUACCCAUAAUUUCAGCAUUGCUCUGUCUCCCAACACAAAUUGCUAGGAUUCUUGAAAAAUGGCCACAAUUUCAUCAGCCAUGAUAUCAUCAACCAGUUAUCUCCAUCGCCACCCAACCUCUAAAUCCUUCAAAACCCAACUACCCAAUUCUUUUAAAUUAAACCCCAACCUUUCUCAAACCUCUCUCAGAUUUACAGUUUCACCUAUCGUUUCUAAUCCUAGACAACCAACAAGACUUCUGUCUGUUGCCGAGGAAACACCGGUGGCGGUGGUCACUGUGGACCCGUCGUCGGAAGCUGCCAGACGACUAUACGUGGGUAACAUCCCUCGCACAACAAACAAUGAUGAACUCCAGAAGGUUUUUGAAGAACAUGGUGCCGUUGAGAAAGUUGAGGUAAUGUAUGAUAAAUACUCAGGAAGGAGUCGAAGAUUUGGUUUUGUCACAAUGAAGACUGUUGAUGAUGCAAAUGCAGCUAUUGAAAAGCUAAAUGACACGGAAAUUGGAGGGCGUAAAAUAAAAGUAAAUGUAACAGAGAAGCCUUUGAACGGAGUGAUCUCAAUUCUUGAAGCAGAGGAAACCCCGUUUGUUGAUAGCCCUUACAAACUUUAUGUGGGGAAUCUUGCAAAAAACGUGACAUCAGAAUCACUCAAAAGCUUUUUUGCAGAAAAGGGAAACGUUCUUGGUGCCAAAGUAUCACGUGUUCCAGGGACUUCAAAAUCAAGUGGAUUUGGGUUUGUUUCAUUUGCUUCAGAAGAGGAGGUAGAGGCUGCAGUCUCAUCUUUCAAUGAUGCUGUGCUUGAAGGCCAGAAGAUUAGAGUAAAUAAAGCAUAAGUGUACUGAUCAAGAACUUGUGGGCUUUUGUUUUUUGUAUAAUUAUCGCGUUAGAUAUCACUUUGAAAUGUUAAAAGAUUCGGGAUUGUAGUUGAUAUCUCUUCAUCGAGCUUUGUUUCUAUGGUGUCUUUUUGAUCA